AUGCCUAAAGAGUUGUCUAUAAAUUUCAUACCAACCAGACGCUCAGCUCGACUUGAAUUAAAGCGUAUCAAAAAAGAUACUGAAUUAGAUUCUUCCGAGGAACCACUAAAAAGGUCGGUUAUACUUAGUGCAGUAUCGAAUAGGUCAGCAAUAGUUGUGCAUUCCAAUGAACCUGUAAUACGUGCGCAGCAAUCGGAACAAAUUUCGGGAGCAAAUGGGUCAAACAACGUGGAAACUGUUCCAAUGGACCAACAAGGUGAGCCCAUCCAGAUUCCAAAAACGGCACUCAAAUUUAAACAAAAUUCGAGCGCGUCUAUUUUCUUUGGUGUGUCACAACAGCAAGGUUGGGAGACUGGAGGACGUCGUUCAGAACAAGCCGCGAUAAACACUCAUGCAGACAUGGAAGAUGCGUAUUAUGUACCAUAUAUGGCCAACGAAAAGGUUCAUUAUCCAUCUGAUACACCUUAUACACUCUUCGUAUUAGCUGAUGGUCAUGGAGGGUCACAUGCAUCUAGGCAUUUUUGUCGAAUGGUUCCAGAGGCCGUUCAAGAAGUUUUGUGUUCUAAUCCUUUAUGGUCAUUUAAAGAACAAGGUGACCAACAAUUAUUUCGCGAAAAAAUACGUGAAAUGUUUAAAAAACUUGAUAGGGAUUAUUUAAAUGCACAAAUGCGUAAAUUCUCUGAAUGGAUAAGAAACGGACAGUCAGACCCAAUGCCAACUGAUCAAGGGUCAACUUUACUCAUUGUUAUAUUAUUUGAUGGUAUUGCAAUCAUUUGCAAUCUCGGAGAUUCGAAAACAGUUAUAUGCAAAACAAUGCCACAAAAAAGUGCUGGUAGAGUUCCUCUUGAACUGGCAUAUCAGUCUACAAUUCAAUCACCAGGUCACCCGAACAAAGCAUAUCACGUUUAUAGUAAUGGGGGAGUAUUCCGUCGCGAAGAAAAUGAAAAGAUUAUCAAAACUAAAAUCAGCCCGCCAAAUUUUCCGAAUGAUUCAUCCCCAUCUCAAUUAAAAAUGUAUUCCAGCUUGCAGAAAGCUCGUAUCUAUAGACCACCAGAUUUCCAAAACCCUUUUGGUUUAACAAAUGACAUUUCUCUUAAUCUUGGUGAUACGAUGGGAGACUUGUUUUUCAAACUUGAUCCUCCAUUAUUUCCAUGUGAGGCGGAUGUUGAUUUCUUGAUUAUGGAAUCGGGAGUGGACUAUAUUGGUGUUAUGGCACCUGAUGGAUUAUGGGAUCAUAUGAAUGUCAAGAUGCCAGAAUUUAUUCGAAAACUUGCUAGAUAUUUGGGAUUAUUGACAAGUUGUGAAGACUCGGAUUAUAUGGUUGGAGAAUCUACAGAUGAUGAACGUGACGGACAUCGUCAUAAAUCAAAAAAAUGUAAUCCGAUUCCCUCGGAUCCAAUGCAGAAUAUGUUAAAUGGAGAACAACUUCAUGAUCUUUCUGGAGCAUUAUGUGAUCGAACGAAGGAUACUUUGGAUAUAUUUGAAAAGGAUCAAGGACGUUAUGAUGAUUGUACAGUCAUAGCCUUCUCUUGUAAAUACUAA